AGGAAGAGAAGGAGGAAGAGGAGGAGUAAAGAUGGCUGCUGUCGGGUGCCGUUGGUUUGUUUUCGUUCUGUUCUGAGGAUUUUGGCGCCGCCGUCUCGCGCACCCAGCUCCGUCCAGACGUCAUGAGCUGCGCGUUCCCGGGCCCCGUUACCGGAUGCCUCGCGUGAACCGGACGGCCAUGCUGUCGCUGCUGAUCGUCAGCAGCUCCGUGUUCCUGCUGUUCCAGCUGUACUACUACCGCAAAUACGUCAGCAAGCAGCCUGGUCCUCACAUCCUGAACCCUGGAGGUCCCCUGAGCUCCAGCCACAGCCAAUGGCAGGCGGUGAAGAAGUUUCUGGCAUUAGCGCAGCAUUUCAGGCUGCCGCUGUUCCUUGCCGACACCGCAGCGCUCUCCCUGCUCUCCCAGGUUGCUUUGCGGCAGCGCGAGCGGCUGCUGCGUGAGCCGCACUGCAGCUUCCUGUGCACCGGCCGGCCAAUCACGUCAUUUGCUCUGCACGCCAACCUGUGGAAGUACGAUCCUGGCUUCCUAAUGGCUGCUGAGCAGAAAGGCUUCGAGCUGCUGGAGCUGCGAGGAGAAGACCCACGAUUGGCCAGUCUGGACACCCUAUCAGGAGAGGAGAUCCCUCUGUACUUUCUGCUCCGCUUCCGCAGUUACAUCAUCCAGGUGGUGUUCUUGUACGAGCGCAGCGGGAACUACCUGUGGCACGGAGCCCUGCGCCUCAAAGCCCACAUGGACCGAAGCUUCGCCCCCUUCAGGCUGCUGGACUACGGACGCCACGCCGGAGCCUACGACAGGCCGGAGCUCAUCCUCACCGUCCUUGAUGGCCUCGAUGUUCGAGUCCCGCGGAACCUGACCCACUUCCUGGACCAGCAGCAACAUGCCCACUUCCUGGAGUGUCGUUACCGUGACGCCCGCAACUUCUUGCAGCUCUACCCUGACGACUCAUCUGCAGCCGCCGUGGAUUUCAGGAGGAAAGCAAAGUCGUUGCUUCAUUUAACGGCUCAGACGCUCACGAGCCUUGAAAUCCCCUUCUGGCUCAGCAGCGGCACCUGUCUGGGGUGGUUCAGGCAGUGCAGUAUUAUCUCAUACAGCCGUGACGUUGAUAUCGGGAUUUUCAUCUCAGACUUCAGACCCGACAUCAUCGCAGCGUUCAGAGACGCCGGCCUGUCACUCAAACACAAGUUUGGGAAGGUAAAGGACAGUCUGGAACUUUCAUUUCAGAGCGAUGACAUCAAACUGGACAUUUUCUUUUUCUACGAGGACGGAGACGUGGUCUGGAACGGAGGGACGCAGGCGAAGAGCGGCAGGAAGUUCAAUUUUUUCAGGUAUGUCUUCCCUCGGUUCGCGCUCUGCUGGGCGGAGCUUCUGGAGCUGAAAGUUCGUGUUCCGUGCGAGACACUCGACUACGUGACGGCGAACUACGGCGCCACCUGGAGCAUCCCGGUGAGGAGCUGGGACUGGAAGUCGUCGCCUAGCAAUGUGCAGGAAAAUGGGGUGUGGCCUGUCGACGAGUGGCCGGAGCUUAUCCAAGUUUACUGAGAGGAGGCGGAGCAACAACUCUGAGCUGAUUCAGCUUCAAAUGUUUCACUGAUUUGAUUUUUUCACCGUUUUUAUUGUCGUGUUCUGAACUGAAGCAGACGGGAGGAACUGAACAAGUGACACAGGAACAUGUCUCUUUAUUACAUGUAUGUUCCUGUCAAUGAUCUGGACUAAUAAAACAUGAACUGAG